AUGAAAGAUUCAAAUGUUGUACUUUCACCAUCGAAUGGUGCUGAUUAUUUGAAAAUUUUUCUUAGUAAUCUUGAUGGUCGUAUUAAUACUCAAGAUAUACAUGCAUUUUUCAGUCCAUUUGGUACUAUUGAACAUAUUGAAUCUUGGACGCCAAAAUCAGCAAUAAUUCUAUUUUCUGAUAUCGAAUCAAUCGAUCGUGUUCUAUCAAAAUAUCGAAAAUGUAUUAUUAAUAGACAAGAAAUAUUUAUUCGUCGUUUUCGUUAUGGAUAUAUUGAACGUGCAUAUAUGGAUUCAACCGUUUUAUUUAUCAAACCAAUAAGAAAUGAUUUAAUCAUAAACUGGAAUGAUUUCGCAAUUCGUCAUUGUUUUCAUGAAUAUGAAAUGUAUAUUGAACAAAUUCGAAUUGUACCGAAGUCUUUACAUGCAUUUAUACAUUUUAAAGAUUAUGAUAUGGUUGAUCGACUACUUCUUCAAACAGACAUGUUUAAUAUUGAUGGAAUAACAAUUAAAAUGAAACGAGCAAAAACUAAUGAAAAAUAUAUUAAAGAUAAUAAUGAUGUGUAUAUUAGAAAAUUAUUAAAAGAAAAUAAAAUAUUAAAAAAACAAAUUGAACGACAAACAAUGGAUUCACAUGAUGAAAUGAAAUGUUUAAAGCGUAAAAUUAAUAAAUUAAAAAAUGAAUUAUUUUAUUUAGAAACUCAAAAUUAUAAAUAUUGA